AUGUCAGUUUUCGAUCUACUCGAUCUCGCAUCGCCCGUCACUAUCAACGCGAAGAAGCUUCUACAAGAAGUCUGGCGGCGCGGCAUAGGAUGGGAAGACGACCCCUCAACAUGGCCAGAGGAGAUGGCCAGAACCUCUGCCUGCCGUCUCCGCCGAGCUACGACACACUACAAACGCACGCUGAAGAACAAACAGAACGACCCAGAGGGGUCAAAACUCCGAAGACACGACGUGCCGAAACCGCGACCGAGAACACUAGAAGAAAAGAAAACACUAUACAAAACUCUCGACGCGACGUUUUUGAAAAAAGCUGAAAGAUUAAUAAUGUGUGCUAGUCAGCAUGAAGCCUUCUACGAAAAGCUACGCGACCUACGAAUUAUCAAGCCUCCGUCUACGCGCAGUCGACUGCGCCCCCUGGCGGUCGAACUUGUCAACGGAAUGAUAAUACUGAAGACGCGAAUCAAAGCCGCAGCGGAUAUCACCGACUCACAGAAACGACCUGCAGUACUUAACGGGAAUCACCCGGCCGUAAAGUUGUACAUAGGUUACGUACACAGACAACUCAAUCACAGCGAGGUCGAAGCGACAGUGAACGAAUGCAAGCAACAUUACUGCAUUCUACGAUUGCGUCCUAUCGCGAAAAUGACAAUAUACCGAUGUAUUCAGUGCCGCAUCAAAAGUGCUACGCCAACAGUCCCACCAACCGGGGACCAACCACGCUGUCGACUGGCGCAUCACCAGCGCCCGUUCACCUACACGUGUCUGGACUACUUCGGCCCACUGGCUGUAACCGUUGGCCGAACAACACAGAAAAGAUACGUCAUGCGGUUCACCUGUCUCACAACGCGCGCCGUACAUCUGGAGGUGGUGACUAGCCUCAACGGAGACUCGGCCGUCGUCGCCCUCAGACGAAUGAUCGCUUGCCGCGGCUGCCCGACGGAAAUUUGGUCCGACAAUAGCACCAACUUCCACGCCGCAGACAAGGAACUCCGCCAGGCGUUCGCCGACGCAGCUCAAAACGAAGCAGAGAAGCAUCUCAUCAAAUGGCGCUUCAUCCCCCCCGGAGCCCCCGUCAUGGGCGGGGCGUGGGAGCGACUGGUGCGGUCGGUGAAGACAGACCUCGACUACGAGACUACACUACACUACGAGAGCAACGAGACCCUCAUCACCCUGCUGGCCGAAGCAGAAUACACAGUGAACAGCCGGCCACUCACCCACGUGUCCGUGGACCCCUGCGAGGCCGAAGCCAUCACCUCAAACCACUUCUUAUUGGCAGGAUUGGCACGAGUGCCCUUGCCGGACAGCUUCGUCGACGCUACAUUAGUCGGCCAAAUAUGGAGAACAAGUCAACGCCUAGCUGACCAUUUCUGGAACCGCUGGCUCCGAGAAUACCUGCCCACACUCCAAGACCGGCGGGAGCCCCAUGGACCCGAGACACCAAUAGAAGUCGAAGACGUCGUACUAAUCGCCGACGGCACAUUGCUGACUUGCCCAUUCAGUAAUUUAAAGCGAACUAGCAGUAGCAGCUAUAAUAGUACGUACAUUUGA